AAAAUAAUUCGUCAAAGCAGAAUAUUGUAGUAUGAUUACCUUUUGCAAACGGCGAAACUGGCGGUAAGAAAUCCUUACAAAGCAUUCGAAUUUCAGUGGAAGGGUGACGGUGGAAUAUGUCCUUUCAUGAACACUGAAUGAAUUGUCUCAUUGCAUAUAUUACUGAUUAACAAUUGAACAAAUAUUCAAUGGCGCUGCGCCACGAAAAUUAGCAGUCAAUGAAACAAGCGUCCUCGACGAUUGUCAAUGAUCUAAAAUCUUCUCGUUUGCUACCAAUACAGAACAACCAUAACUUGGACAGCCGAUUGAGUAUUUCAAUACAUCUUUCGAUUUUAUUUCCGUUGGGUUCACCCGUCUUUGACAAAACAUCGUUUAAGUAAUCCUCGACAAGUUUUUUUUUAGCUAUUUUUACUAAAAUUUGUUUGAAAAAUGCGUUUAUCUCCGAGGUAUAGCAUGGUUUUUGUUAUAGUUUUCUUAUGGACUGUAAUCUACGCUGAAGACUUUGAGAACGAGUAUGAAAUCAUCGAUGGGAUUAAAAUUAAAAAAGACUCGAUUGUUAUGAUAAACGAGCAAGAUGGAAAGAAAGGUGAAAAGAAUGAACGAUCACACUCGGAAGAACACGAUGAAGUUUCGGAGGAAGAUCGAGACGAUGAUAAUGACGAUGACGAUGUGGAUGAUGACGAGGAUGAUGGCGAUGAUGGUGGGGAAGGAGACUUAGAAACUGCCAAGAACCUUCCAACAAAAUGUCAUGUUUGUAGACUAUUGGCGGUUGAGGUAGAGAAUAAGCUUUCAAAGAAUGCAAGGAUUAGGAAACCACGGGAAGGCAAACCUCCGAUUUACUACAAAGAGGAACUAGUUAUUUUGAGAGUUACGGAGAACAUAUGUGACGCAAUGACAAAGUACAAUGUCAGAGCAAAGGUUCCCUUUAGAUAUAAACGGGGAGUGAAAAGUAUGUACCGUAAGCAAAUUGAAGAGGUCACAAAAGAUUCUCGAAUUCAAAAGUGGGUGUUUGCCACACCAGAAGAGGAGAUCGAUGAUCCAACAGGCGAAAUAAGAAGGCUCAAGGAACAGUGCUACGAAAUGUUAAAGGGGUCACAAAAACUGCUCAUCCAUUGGUUUAUGAAAGCACAAUCUCGCGACUUGACCAAAUGGCUUUGUGCCAAGAGGGUUUUAAUUGACGACGACAAAGAAUGCCUCCAAGUUGAGAUGCCCAGGAGAAACCAAGUUGCAGCGUUGAGACAGAAGAAAGUAAAGAUCGUAGAAAAUAAUACGACGAGUGCUGCGCACGAAGAACUUUGAUAAAUGAUAACAUUAUUAUGAACA